AUGUGUAUAUAUAUCACUAGCCAAUGCAAGAAUUUCCCAGUUCUUCUUGCAGGCUGCAGACAUAUAUCCUUCUCUUUCUCCUUCAGCUUUCUAAGAUUAAGAGAUGGGUACUGAAAUGGUGAUGGUGGAUGAAAUCCCAUUUCCUCCCCAGGUCAAUCUGGACAAUAAGCUGCUAUCACUGAUGGGUCAUGGGAUUACUGAUGUUGAGAUACAUUUUCUCCAAAUAAAGUACACUGCAAUUGGAGUUUAUUUGGACCCAGAAAUUGUGUCACAUUUGCAGAAAUGGAAGGGCAAAACACCAGUUGACCUAGCUCAAGAUGAUGAUUUCUUUGAGGCUAUUAUCAAUGCUCCAGUGGAUAAAGUGUUGAGAGUGGUGGUGAUUAAGGAGAUCAAAGGGUCACAGUAUGGGGUGCAGCUUGAGAAUUCUGUGAGGGACCUAUUGGCAGAGGUGGAUAAAUAUGAAGAGGAAGAGGAAGCUGCCCUUGAGAAAGUUGUGGACUUUUUCCAGUCCAAAUAUUUCAAGAAAAGUUCUGUCAUCACAUUUUCUUUCCCAGCCAACACUGCCACAGCUAAGAUUGUGUUUGCCACGGAGGGGAAGGAGGACUCAUCAAUUGAAGUGGAGAAUGCAAAUGUGGGUGGGAUGAUCAAGAAAUGGUAUUUGGGUGGAAGCAGGGCAGUAUCCCCUAGUACAAUCUCAUCCUUAGCCAACAUACUGCCUGACUAAGUGAAUGUCUGUAAUAUUAUCUCCCAUUUGAGAGUUUGGUGAUCCUAUGGAGUUCAAUAAAGUUUAAUGUUCCCUUUGUGUUUGCUCGAGUACAUUGAUUUCUGAUUGAUGAAUCUAAUUUUUACAAAGGAAUCAUACAAUGAUUAUUGUUAUCA